AUGCCAGCUUUGGCAGGAAAACGAGGUGCUUCAUACGGGUCUGACACUGCACCCAGACAUGCGGAAGUCGACGAUGUCUGGAUACAAGAACAGACUCGCUCCAGACGCACUCAAACAGGACCCGAGAAGUUCGUAAUGCAGUAUUUGACAUUGAAAGGGUUAUCGGCAAAGGAGGCCUCCAAGGUGCGCGAAGUGGUCGUCGUCACUCAUGGACAGCAGUUAUCAAAAUUGCUGGGGAAAGCUUAUAGAGAACAACAUUUCCCGAAUGCGAAGCUUCGCAGCUAUAUGGUAAAGACUGGAAUUGCUUCUGGAUCUCUGAUCCACCUUCGUACUGAGAGGGAACUGGAUGCACAACGAGUGAUCCAGCACGAUUGGGCAAAAGAAAUCCAACAGCAGAAGGAAGUAAAAGAGAUGCAUGCCAGAGCGCUGAUUUCUAGACAGGAGAAAGAUAAGGCAGAAAAAGCCAAAGCUGCGAAGAGAGAACAGCAGAAGGCUAAACAAGAGUUCAGACAAAAGAAAGGCGAACACAAGAGAAAGAGCAUGCACACUGAGACUGAAACUCCAGUCACUUCGACCGAGGAAGCAAAUAAUAGACCUCUCCUCACUGCUCAGGUAGGACGUCCAAAUAACAUCACUUCAUGGUGCGAGAAGAGAUCACAAGGCUAA